CGCGAGAUUUGACCUCUUGUUUGGAAUUCCCUAAAGAUGGCGGCGGCGCCUCUCGAUGAGGAGAGCCUACAGUCGCGUAUCAACAAUGCCACCAAUCCUCUGAAUAAGGAGACUGAUUGGGAAAAUAUCAAGGUUUUCUGUGAGCAACUCAACAAAGAACCAGAAGGGCCCCAGAUUGCUACCAGACUUCUGGCCCACAAAAUCCAGUCUCCUCAGGAAUGGGAGGCCAUGCAAGCGCUUGUGGUUUUGGAAACGUGUAUGAAGAACUGUGGGAAGGAGUUUCACAAUGAAGUGGGAAAGUUCCGCUUCCUCAAUGAGCUCAUAAAAGUGGUCUCACCGAAGUACUUGGGAGCUCGUGCUCCAGAGCCAGUGAAGACCAAGGUUCAAGAAAUGAUGUUCAGCUGGACGGUGAAACUCCCAGAUGAGACCAAGAUAGCUGAUGCGUAUCAGAUGUUGAAGAAACAAGGUAUUGUCAAGCAGGAUCCAAUACUUCCUGACGACAAGCUCCUUCCACUCCCACCACCCAGAAUAAAAAGUGCCAUCUUUGAGGAUGAAGAGAAGUCCAAGACGUUGUCUCGCUUAUUGAAUAGCUCUCAACCUGAAGAUCUAAAAGCUGCAAACAAGCUCAUUAAGGAGAUGGUUCAGGAGGACCAGAAGCGUGUAGAGAAGCUGUCAAAGCGGGUAAACGCCAUUCAGGAGGUAAAGGAGAGUGUCAGCCUGCUGAGUCAACUGCUGGAGGGCUACAGCAAGGAAGACCGCUCACAGAGCAACCAGGAGCUCAUUAAGGAUCUUUACCAACGUUGUGAAAAAAUGAGACCCACACUGUUCCGGUUAGCCAGUGAUACAGUGGACAACGAUGAAGCCUUAGCGGAUAUCUUACAGGCCAAUGACAGCCUGACACAAGUGAUCAACCUCUACAGGCAGCUGGUGAAGGGGGAAACGCUGACAAAUGAUUGUACAAACACACCUUCACAACCAGGCAGCAGUAGCUCGGCGCUGUUAGACCUGACAGGACUAAGUGCACCAGAUGACGAAGCACCAUUUAACCCAGAACUCUCCAACCUAGACACCCUGUGUCAAAACAUGGGCAUCAGCCUCCUGGACGAUGAGCUCAUGUCCAUGGGACUAAAUGUUACAGACUCCUGUGAGCAUCAGAACACUUUACAGUCCGCUGUUCCAGAAAACCCCGCUCCGGCAGUCCCAGCUGCGCUGUUGCGUCCGGCUGUAGUGCAAACUCCACAUGCUGUAGCAGAGGCACCCAAAGCCAUGGAUGAGCUCGACAUGCUGGGGAAGACAUUGUUACAGCAGUCCCUACCUCCACAGAACCAGCAAGUUAAAUGGGAUAAAGUCCAACCUCAGUCUCGAGUGACCUUACGAGAUCUCCAGACCAAGUCCAACUGUAACUCUGGACCUGUUCCAACCCUACAACCGUCAGCUCCCGCGCCCUCAUCCAACUUGGCUUUGUACGAACACGCUGACAGUUCUUCUGGCUCCUACAACAUCUCCCUAGCUGACGUUACAGUGCCUCUGGAAUUAAUCCACCCAAGCAGCUUGCUACCAGUGACUGUAUUUGACAAACUCAGCCUACGCGUUUUGUUCACGUAUGCCCGAGACUGUCCGCCAUCACGGCCGGACGUUUUGGUAGUGAUCAUUUCCAUGCUGUCUUCAGCGCCCAUUCCUGUCACUAACAUACGCUUUCAAGCAGCGGUACCUAAGGUAAUGAAAGUGAAGCUGCAGCCUCCAUCGAGUACUGAACUCCCAGCAUUUAAUCCUAUCCUUCCUCCGGUUGCUAUCACACAGAUUCUUCUGCUGGCUAACCCUCAAAAGGAAAAAGUGCGUCUGCGUUACAAGUUAACCUUCAACAUUGGGGAGCACGCUCACGACGAGUCGGGUGACGUGGACCAGUUCCCGCCCCCGGCCUCCUGGGGGAACCUUCAGUGAGAAGAACUGCCUUUCAUCUACGGCUUCCUUCUGAAUUUGGGUUGAAAGCGUCCCAUUGAACUGGUUCUUUGUUGAAGAGAGCAGUUACGUUUCUACCCGGUGCCUUCCUGUCCUUUGUGGGGUUUUGUUUGUCUUUUCCACUUUUUCCUGUCACAUUUAUCUCAAACAAAACUCUUUCCAUCCAGGGAUGUUUGGGGGAACAAGUUGAUUUAUUUAAAUGAAUAUAUGCAUCCUUGAUAUAGCAUAAAUUGGUACAUCAAGGCUGUUAUUGUUUUUACAAAGCAGACAUGAAGCGUGUGACAAUGGCGAUCAUUGAAGUCUUACGAGUGUUUUAAUCACAUGGGAAGUGGUGCCGUUACACACAUUUUAAUGAACCUUCCAGGUGAAGCAGUCACUUGAAAUCACAGAAAAUUGUGACGCACGUGUAAUCAGACAUGUUUGCGUACCGUUACAUAAAAUGUACGUUGUUAUGCUGCACUCCAGCAUGCCAGUGUUGAAGGAAUUAUUUUCCCACUAACGUCAACAUUGUACUUUUUCAGCAGUGAUUAAUUAUUUGCAAAUAAUGGUGUUGCUGGUGAGAGCAUCACGUUAUUACGGUGCCAUGAAGAAGACACCCUACUCAUUCAAUUGAAUGAUAUCACUUGUCAUGCACUUGUUUGAUUUUUGCACAUGAAACAUGUUUAUUUUUAUUCAUUUGCUGCCUUUUUUGAUGAAUGUUUGACCCAAAGAAGGACCCCACUUAAGUCCUGAGUUGACAUUGCUGACAUCGUUGAUCUGUGAUUCUACCACACGUGCCUGAAAUCAAGGUCCUUAUUUUUUUGUGCAUACCUAUGUACUGUACAUCUCUUGUAAUAUGUUAAUGUCCGCAUCAAAAGGUACAUCACGUGAUGAAACAACCUACAGCAUGAGUCUAUGGCCACUGAGAUUAUACUGAUAUGACAAUAAAGAAUGAAAUU